AUGUCAUUCUCCAACCUAGUCUCUGAUCUCGCUUUCCGAGAUUCCAACGCGGAUGAGCGGGGUUCGCAGAUUUCGCAUGCUCAAUCCCGCACCGCUCGUUCAUACACGAGCACCACGGCCACGAGUGUCAGCAUCUCCGGAGAUAUUUCCAGCCAGCUCCAUGCUGGAUACAGCCAUCCCUUGACUCGAUCAUGGCAGGCAGAGAGGCAGUUGACCAAGGAAAUGCUUAUUUACCCACUGUUCAUCACUGACAACCCUGACGAAGAGACCCCAAUUCCGUCUCUGCCUAACCAGUACCGUCGGGGCGUCAAUCGUCUAAUUCCUUUCCUGGCCCCUCUAGUCCGGAAAGGGCUUCGUUCGGUUAUGCUCUUUGGUGUCCCCUUACAUCCAUCAGCCAAGGAUGCCCUUGGAACGGCUGCGGACGAUCCAUCAGGCCCCGUUAUCCAGGCCAUACGGCUGCUGAGGUCUCGUCUUCCUCAACUUUAUAUCACAACAGAUGUAUGUCUCUGUGAAUAUACAUCUCAUGGCCACUGUGGAAUCCUCCGGGAGGAUGGGACACUGGAUAACGCGCAAUCCGUGGACCGCAUCUCUGAUGUGGCAUUGGCCUACGCUGUCGCGGGCGCCCAUUGCGUUGCCCCGUCUGAUAUGAAUGACGGAAGAGUGCGUGGAAUUAAACUCAAAUUGAUUGAAGCUGGCCUGGCCCAUCGGGUGCUCUUGAUGUCCUAUAGUGCCAAGUUCAGCGGCUGUCUAUAUGGCCCCUUCCGUGACGCUGCCGGGUCAUGUCCUUCGUUUGGCGAUCGCCGCUGCUACCAACUUCCCCCAGGUGGUCGAGGCCUUGCCCGACGGGCGAUCCAGCGUGACAUGAACGAGGGCGCGGACAUUAUCAUGGUUAAACCGGCCAGCAGCUACCUGGACAUCAUCCGUGACGCCAAAGACCUCGCCCAGGACCUUCCAGUGGCGGCAUACCAGGUUAGUGGGGAAUUUGCCAUGAUACAUGCGGCCGCGAAGGCGGGCGUUUUCGACUUGAAAGCAAUGGCCUUUGAGAGCACGGAAGGGAUUCUUAGGGCCGGAGCGGGAAUUGUGGUCAGCUAUUUUGUCCCAGAAUUCUUGGACUGGCUUUAA